AUGGCAGCUUCUCUUCCAGACCUUUGCCUUAAAUCAAUAUUCAAAGAACUGGAUGAUGAUUUAAAGUCUCAAUAUACCUUCAUCUUGAUUAAUCGUCAUUGGUGUAUUUCAGUGAUCUCUGAAUUAUGGCGAAAUCCUUUUGAAUUUUGCAAUAAAAAAGAUCAAAAUGUAAAAAUAAUAGAUACUUAUCUUAAAUGUUUAUCUCAAGAUAUGCGAGACGAAAUUGGUGUUCAAUCAAUUAAAUCAUUAACAGCGGCAACUUUUGACUACCCAAGUUUUCUACGCCAUAUCCGUGAUUCAAGUAUUUUUUAUAGCGCUAAAUAUUGGGCUGCUGACAAAUUCCCUGAUGACUUUGAAAUCCAAUCGAAU